AUCAACUUAAAAUGAAAUUCAACCUCGUGCUUUGCUUUUUGUCGGCGUCUGCUAGUGUGGUCGUGUCAGAUUUCUUUCAUCAUGGGCGACCCGUUGUACCGCCGAUGUUGAAUCCACUUCACCAUCACAUGAUGAUGAUGCAGAAACACACAAUGCACCAUAACAUGUUUCUUCCGCCACCUAUUAUGCAUAUGCAUAUGCCGAAACAUUUGAUGAAACCCAUGUUCAAAGUACCUCAUAAACCACUUUGGAAAUUACCUCCAAUGAAACUACCACCGAAGUUUCCGCAGAAAUCGCCCAGGGAACCUUUCAUUCAAAAGAAGCCAAAUAAGUUUUUAAAACCAGGAUUCAAGAAACCUGCAAUCAAAAACGCAUUUAAGCCAACCAUUAGGUUAAACAUGAAGAGAUAUUCCUACAAACCUCAACAGAUGCCUAAACCACGAUUCGCACCACCAAAGUCUCAAUGGCCAGUUUUCAGAACGCCAAAAAUGCCGCGCCGCCCUAUUCUUCCGCGACCGCAACCUAGAGUGCCAACGGAGAUCCCAGCCUACAGACAACCCGUGCAGCAAACGUCCCCUCGUGUGCCAUCCUACCGACCUAUUCCACCGAGACUAGAACCUAGAGUACCAACAGAGACCCCAGUCUACAGACAGCCUGUGCAGCAAAUACACCCGCCUGUUCCAUCCUACCGACCCAUUUCACAUAGACCGCAACCUCGAGUGCCAACAGCGGUCCCAGCCUACAGACAACCGGUGCGACCCACGCCUUUUCGACCGUCUCGUCAACAGCCGCCCAGUCCGCAACUCAGAGAAGCACCUCCUGUGAUGAGAGAAAGCAUCGUCACCCCGCCACAACCUGCUACCCCGUCGGUACCAGCUGGCCCUCAGUCAUCAUCUUACCGCGCAUGGAGAUAUAACUACGAUGACGACGACGAUGAUGAUGAUGAUGAUUUGUAUGAUGAUUACUAUGAAAGUUUCUUCGAUGACGAUGAUGAUUAUUAUUUCUACGGAAAUAGGAGAAACGAUGAUGACGAUGAUAAUGGAUAUAAAAAUCGUUUUACUUCAAGACCAUACAGUCGCAAUGGGAACUCGGGUAGAAAUCGUUACAGUUAUUAUAAUGACGACUUCAACAACAAUGACGAUGAUUACAAGAGGUACGAAACAAAUCGGAAUAACUUUGAUGGAGGGAAACGCAUCAUUACGUUGCAAAGUAGCCAGGGUAGUAUGUCUGGUAGAAUCAAUAAUAACGGCGAUGGUUCAUCUGCAAAGAGCUUUACAAGAAACAAUGAUAACGGAAAUGGUUCAUUUGCGAAAAGCUUAACGAGUAGAAAUAACGACAUGAUCGACUAUAAAGGUGAUCGACAAUAUGAUAGAAACGGUUUUAACGCAGACUUUUCCGUGUAUACAAGUAGACCAUUUAAUAAUCAGGGCUUAAAUGCUGAAAACAAUGAUAAAAGAGACAAUUAUGUUAACUACAAUUCGGAUAGAAACCAUUUGAACAGAAAUAGUUGAAUAAAUGAUUUAUUACAAUCGCAUGUAAACUUUUCCAAAGUGCCCCCAGAGAUCUCCAAUUGUUUAGUUAGGGGAAGCUAGUGUGAACAUGCGAUAUUGUUACACAUGGCCAAGCCACAUACUGGAACAAAAAAUAACUACAGAACUUCCUCUUUUUGUAUAUACUUUGACGUUUCUUUGCAAUUAUUUAAUUGUGAACAGAUACAUUAUCCGUUAUUUUAUAAUAUUGACAUGUCCUAUUCCUUAAAUUGGUUGUGUGAUGCUUAAUAUUAGUUGAAUGUGCAUAACAACAUUUAAUGGAAAUUUGAUGAGCAUGUCCUUGUGUUUAUUAACACUAUUGAAUCAUUUACAAUACCAUAUCUAUUAAAAACAUAUAGGAGAAUUGACAGAAAGUCUUGCAAACUUUGGUUUUGUCAAUUGAUC